AGUUUUCACAUACGAGCUUUUUCGGCGACAUCACGUUCAAGGCUAAUCCAGCUACAGAUUUUGUAUCCAAUGGAUUCCUUUUGCGCAAAGCUAUUGAAAUCAGUGUUGCUGCUACCUUUUAUGGCCGGAAAUUACCGUAGAAGACAGAAUGGAUCCCGGUAUUAUGACUGUACCAUCUCGUCCCGAGUUCUGUUCCUGGUCGUCAUUUCAAUUAUUAUAGUAUUUACUGCUAGUCAGGAGAUACAAGCAAGCGCAGAUGUUCGGCUGGGAAUCGUCAUGGUUCUCCUGGCAGCACUCAUAGCGUGUGGUACGCUGGGAUGUUUCAUUGUUGGCUAUUUGGCUCAUAAACAUGGCCUUCAAUAUGUCGUUGUAAGACAGAACGCAAAUAAGUCAAAACUUCAGGUCAUAUUUUUAUGGAUUUUCGGCCUUGCAUCAGGAUUUCGUUGUUCAUUUCUCAUAGACAAAGAGAUCGAUUGUUCAAUUAGCAACACCCGGGAAUUUUAUUGGAACUCGAUUUUAUUUUACACUACUAUGUUACCUGUAGGUUUAUGUACUGAAACGAUUUUCAUUACUUACUUUUCCACAUACAAACUGAGAAAUUCUUCAAUAGUUCAUUACUCUAUGCUCAUGUUGCUUGCAGUAAAUAUGUCGGUUCUAUUUCACAUCAUAAUAAGUAAAGAUAGCAUAUUUUCGACUUACUUUGAGGUCAACCAUGAACUCAACAUUACAUCUUGUUUAGACAAUAACAGUACAGUGUCUGAUUUUCUUCAGAUAUCAAACAUAAUCCUUUCCCCAACUUCUACAGAGUUCUGCCUUUUGUCAACUACAAUAAUUCUUGAAAUAUGGUCGCCCGCCAAAGUGCACCAUCUUCAUAAUGAUAUACCAUAUACUGAAAUAAGCGACAUACAGGAUUCAGAGAGCACGCAUCUUCUUCAAGACGUUACAGAAAUAGUCCCUGAACAUUCUGAAAAUAGAGGCAGACGUAACUUGUGGCAGAUCUUUACUUUGACUGUGAGUUUUGCCAUAGGGAUCGGACAUCUCAUUAGCAUUGCUGCCAAAGGAGUGUGUGAAAAUAAUGUACGACUUCAAAACUUUACAGAGAUUUACGAAUUGAUAUGGAAAAUUCUGCUUAUAAUAGUGAACUUGGUAGGAUUUGUUUGCUUGGAGUAUUACUGUUCUCCUGAGGAUUCACCAAAACCAUUCAAGACCCGUGAAUAUGUGUAUUUGUUGUCUGCAUGUUGUAUGAUCAUGUUGCACAUUUGUGAGGCCAUUGCAGGUAGCAUCUCUUCAGAUGUCUUUUCUGGUUGUCUUCUGUGCACAAGCAUAUUAUCAAUAUUCCAGGACUAUCUUCAAGUUGUGUUCCUACUUCACGCUAAUCGAUGUAGAAAAUCUUGCGCACGCUCACAGAUUACUCUGCUUGAUUCAGUACUGAUUUUUAUCUUCGUGGGCAACUUUAUCUUCUGGAUUAGUGAUAGAUUUAUCCUCGAGGAAUUUCAAAGUACACGAGUAUUGAAACAAGAGCAGUUUUCAAAGGGAGUGUUGAGUUUGGCAUAUAGCGUUUUACUACCUGUGUCAGUUUUCUUUAGAUUCACUUCGUUUUUGGAAUAUUUUGCAACCUUUAAGCAGUACAGGUCUUUGAAAAUGCAAUAACUAAUUAUUCAAAUGCAAAAAAAAAAAAAAAAUGGUUGGAUAUGGAUUAUAUUUUCAACAAUUACAUUUAUUCAGAUAUAAACUGGCGACAAAAGUAGGGAGUAUUCACGUUCAAACAUUUUAGAAACGCUCAUUCCAUGAGGUGUCUGUAAACGUAAGCCGUGACGAGUCUUCCGAUGUUACAUAUCUUCUUUUUAUGAAGCAUGAGGUUCAAUGUUAUGAUAUUAGACAUUUAAACUGCAUCCUGGAAGAUAUGGAAUUUGAUUAGAAAGUGAUCUUGAAUAACAUAUGUUAAUAUUUGUUCUAUUCUUCAUACUAGUUUUUUCCAUAUAUGUUGAAUCAGGCCGCCUAGGAUAAAAACGUCAUUUCCCGUAUAUCAUUAGGGGUUAAAGGGCUUUCAAUGUUUUUUUAAAUAAACUACCUUGACCAACAUUCAAUAUGCUAUAGGGUUCAAAAGAGUUGACAUUGACUAUCCGAAGUGGAUGUCGGAUGUUGGAUGUCUCCGCAUCACUUUUCUGGGGGCAAUUAUCAUACACCAUGUCAGCAAUGUUUGCCCAAUUUUGUAUAAGAAAAACUAUACGGAAUGUUCAGUGCCGCGAAAUAAAAUUGGGCCUCAUCUCUCCUUCAUACAGAUUCAAGGAUCUUAUUUUACCUUGACACACCCACUUUGUGACAUGCCUCGUGUUUCCUGUCACCUACCAUUGCCCAAAUUUUACGUUUUUCUUUGAUAAGUAGAGUGUAAUUUUCUUAGAAAAUCGGAUUUUAUGCUGCGCUAUAUACAGAGAUUUGAUACUUGAUAUAUAUUGCAAAUCAAGAAGUUGAUAACAGGUUCUUGAUAUUAGCAUAUGUUUUUGUGCUAUUUUAUUCACGCUUUAGAAAUCCUAGUACAAUCCGGAAUCUAGUUCCCUAUGGGUGAAUGAACAUAUAUUUUGUAUUCAAAAUUCUUGAAUUGCUUCCUGUAUAUCGCUUAUUUGUAAAUAAUAAUGCGCAUAUAAAUAACUACAUUUUCAUUCCCCCUAUUUUUAUAUAUACUUUUCCACUACUGCAAGGAGUGAACUGAACAAAUACCCUGCUUGUUUAAUAAAAAAAAAUAUGUUACAACUGAUCAGUAAAUAAUUUUAAAUAAAAUAUGAAACCUCAAUGAUAGGGUUUUUCUUGUGAUUUAUAUAAGGUUUUUUUAAUCCUUCCGCUGUAUUGUAUUAACAUAAAUAAGUAUUAACGACACUUCGAUCCAGUAUAUGGUAACUAGAUCCGAUCAAAGAAAUGUUCGUUGGACAUAUUUAAUAUAUAUAUAAGCAAAGAAGUAUAAACGUCAGUGCAGAUAAAUUAAUUUGUAAUUUUUUUUAUGACAAUCCGACCCUUUUAUUAAGACUGAAACAUCAGCAAUCAAAUAUCAUAACAGAUAACAAAGAUAAACAGUCACUAUGAUACAGUUGUACAAUACUACAACAUAAAGUAUAGCCCAUUACAGAAAACCAGUUAUAACUUAUGCUGAUGUUAUCGCAUAUCUCCUCGGUUAGAUUGUAGCCGAAGGCUAAUUAUCGUAAAACAUGCAUCUUGAAGACGUGAGGUCAGGUGAAUUAUACACUUGAUCUAACAUAUUCAAGAUGAAAAAUGAAAGCUCCUUUUCUGACAGAAUAUUAUAUUUACUAUAAUAUCCUUAACGAGUAACUGAAAAGGAAUUAAACACUUCUUCCUGUUUUAUCUUAGUUACCUAUCAUUAAGCUAACAAUACGUGAAACCACUAAUAAAAAAUAAGGUCAGAAACACAUAGUAAACAUUGUCCUAUCAAGCCUCGUUUAGCCUAGUGAUAACAUGGCGUUAACCCUCUACUACGAUUUGAUGUCCCAGCCGUCACGCGCUGUCUACAUUUUUCUGCAGAUCAACAACAUUUCGUUUACAGCCAAACCUGUUGCAUUAAGGAAUGACGAACACUACACGGACUGGUUCAAGAAGAUCAAUCCAUGGUGUGUUGUACCUGUUAUAGACGAUGACGGGUUUAUUCUCACAGAGAGUGUGGCCAUCUUGAAGUACUUGGCUGUGAAACACAACGUGCCUGACCACUGGUACCCGCAGACUGACCUCAAGGCUCAGGCCAGAAUAGACGAGUACAUGAGUUAUCAGCAUUUGAACACCAGAUAUGACUGUACUAUAUUAUUCCGGGAACUGGUAAGAUUACCUACAAUGAACAAGGCUCCGAUACAAUGGCACUUAGUUGAGAAUGAAAGGAACCAGGUACGAGGGACAGUCUCUCACCUUGCCAGUUACUUCCUGAAAGACGAUAAGCCGUUUUUGUGUGGGAGCGAUAUAUCCAUCGCCGAUCUUCUUUGUGUCUGUGAGCUGAUGCAGCUUAUCACAUGUUGUGAGGAGAAACUCUAUGAAUCAAAUCCCGUAAUAAAAACAUGGGUAGAUAGGGUCAGGGCAAAUAUUGAUUCCGUGCUGGAGGAAGCACAUCAAAUUGUAUACCGAGUUAGAAGUAAGUUUUCUAUGCAGAACAAACUGUAAACCAUAUUCAAUAUCGGUAAAGGAUAUAAUCCUACUAUAUGAACGAAAUGACUGUUGGAGAUGAAGUAUGUAUGUUUAGGCAUUGUACAUGUCUGUAAAUCCGGAAACUUUGGCCCAACGCCGGUAAAAUCCUCAUUUGCCCAUUGUUAAUUUCGCACAUCACAUUUUAUCACUGUUUUGAUGUAUUGUUUACUGAUGUUACAGUACGCAAUUAACGAUAAAUUCGCUCUUAUAACAGAGACAAAAAAAAAAAGCGAAAGUGAAACUGCGGCAAAAAGUUCCCGGUAUACAAUAUUUCAUUAUUGCAGAGAUGGUUACCUGCUGCUAUAAAUUUACACAUAAGUUUUCACAAGGCAAUUAAACACUCGUCGAUUUUUGUA